AUGGAGAACGAUCAACCGGCGGAAGUUGCCAAUCUUCAGUUCGGCGAGCCUCCUCCCCAGCACCUUCAAAUACUCGGCGACUACCGGUAUUUCCCUCGCGGGAGCCGGUACAGGAAGCGGACUGGCUUCACAAAGCCCGGCACCUUUGGGUGCUCGGCUCCGCGCUGUCUUCACCUGGCAGCGGACAUUGACCCCGGUCCCCUUCCACCUUGCGAGCACCUUCGGGUGCUCGGCAACUACCGGUAUUUCCCUCGCGGGAGCCGGUACAGAACACGGAACGGGGUGUGGUUGGUUGAGACGUUGAACGAGCGACCUCGGCUGGUUCGAGACCGUUCGAUUCCUCGUCAAGACCAACCACACUCCACAGCGCGCGGCGAAGAAGCCAACGAAGUGGCUGGUAGCAGAAUUCAAGAAGACAACCAGGAGGAGGAGGAAGUCAUGGUUGCAAACCGCUGCCCGGUCCCCGGCAGUUCCAGAAGCGGAUUGUCCUACACCAAGCAUACGACUUUGCAGAGGCAUAUUCUCACUCACCAUGCCGAUGUCAAGGAUCCAGAGAUCAAGAAGGCCUGUCGUAUGCUGUGGGGCGUCCGCGUUACUGGAACGCCGCGUGGACCGGAGAUCGAGAAGCGGUUUGGCCAAUGGCCUGAACAGGCGCCGCCUCCGAAGAGUAACGCUGGGCAAGCAAUUGCUGCCUUCCUCUGCGGCCAUGCACGGCCGCCCGGAGUCCGCCUUGGCUGGUCCGAGACGGUGCGACUCCUCGUCAAUACCAGCCGCAUCUCAUCCGCACGGAAGCGUCAAAUCCUGAUCAACAGGUACCUCUGGAACGCACAGAAGGGAAUGUAUCUCGACUAUGAUACUAUCAACCAGAAGCAGAUGAACUUGCAACUUAUUCGGUCGAGUGCUAGUAGCCUUAACAUUCUCGAGUACAUUAAAAGCAUAAUCGUGCCGUCCCAGUGA